CAAAGCGGUGAAAACCAAAACUGCCAAACCAAAACUGCCAAACCAAAACUGCCAACCCAAAUUACGAAAUUAAAAACAAAAACGCAUAAAACAAAAGGAACAAAAACGAGCGAACAGCUAAAGGAACAAAACGAGCGAACAGCUAAAGGAACAAAACAAGCGAACAGUUUGCCGAACUCACUCUUGAACACAAAAGAUUGUGAGGAAGCAGUUCUUUAAAGGCAUAUUUUCGUGAGCGAGUUGGUAAAGCGCCAUUCGCCCGUCGGAUUUUGCAAUUCGUAUUUCUCAAUUCGUAUUUCCCCCGCCCGAAGAGGCCCUUCAUUUUUGCUGCCCCUAUUUCAACCCCUGCUUCUCCUCGGGCAAAUCCCCACCUGCCGUGCAAAUCUCCACAUACGUCGGUUGCCCCGCGAAGUUCCAGCUCCGUAACUCCACCGCCAAACAGCAGGAUGGCCACCAUGGACCACAGCGUGCAGGACGAACUCGUAGACUACGAAGACGACGAAAACAUAUUAGAUGCCAAGGAUGUCAAGGGCACUUUGGACAACAGUCUUUUAAACAAUAACAACAAGGGGGUGAAUGAGAAUGGGGCGAUGCGGGGCAGCUAUGCCACGGUGCACACGGGAGGGUUUAAGGACUUUUUUUUGAAGCCGGAGUUGCUUAGGGCGAUAAGCGAGAGCGGCUUCGAGCACCCCUCGGAGGUGCAGCAGGAGACCAUCCCCGCGGCCAUCACGGGCACGGACAUCCUCUGCCAGGCGAAGAGUGGAAUGGGCAAAACGGCCGUGUUCGUGCUGUCCAUCCUGCAGCAGCUGGAGACGAACGACGGGAAGGACAUAAAGGAGGAGAAAGAAAUGAACAACAGCGCGGGCAGCAACAACAUCGGAGGGGACCUGACCAACGGCAGUGGUGCGUCCAAAAAUAAAUUCGUGAGAUGCCUCGGACUGGCACACACAAGAGAGUUAGCCUACCAAAUUAAAAACGAAUUCGAUCGAUUUAGUAAGUACCUGAAAGGGGUCCGUUGCGAAGUCGUCUAUGGAGGAAUCUCCAUGAGCAAGCAUAUAAAGAUGUUCAAAGAGGAAGGCAUCCCACAUAUUAUUAUAGGAACCCCAGGACGUAUCCUGGCACUCAUAAGAGAAAAAUAUUUAUUAACAGAUAAAAUUCAACACUUUGUUCUGGAUGAAUGUGAUAAAUGUUUGGAAAAAUUGGACAUGAGAAGUGACGUGCAGAAGAUUUUUAUUUCCACUCCUUUGAAGAAGCAGGUCAUGUUCUUCUCUGCCACCAUGGCAAAAGAAAUGAGAGAUGUAUGCAAAAAGUUCUUGCAAAAUCCGGUGGAAAUUUUCAUUGAUGAUGAAGCUAAAUUGAAGCUACACGGAUUGCUGCAACACUAUGUGAAGUUGCAAGAAAAGGAUAAGACGAGAAAGCUAAUUGAAAUUCUGGACGCCUUAGAAUUUAACCAAGUUAUCAUUUUUGUAAAAUCUGUCACAAGGGCAAUCACCUUGGAUAAGUUACUGACCGAAUGCAACUUCCCCUCCAUUGCCAUCCAUGGUGGCCUUGACCAACAGGAGAGAAUUGAACGAUAUGAUAAAUUUAAAAAGUUUGAAAAUCGAAUUUUAGUUUCCACGGAUUUGUUUGGAAGAGGUAUUGACAUUGAGCGAGUGAACAUUGUCAUCAAUUAUGACAUGCCAGAAAAUUCAGACUCCUAUCUGCACAGAGUCGGUCGGGCUGGUCGAUUUGGUACCAAGGGACUCGCCGUUACGUUCGUUUCUUCUCAAGAGGAUACAUUAGCGUUGAAUGAGGUGCAGACCCGGUUUGAAGUUGCCAUUUCGGAGAUGCCCAACAAGAUCGACUGCAAUGAGUACAUUAACCAGUAAGAGGGAGGGUGUGGCGAGCAGCCCGUGGGGUGGCGUUUUUUUUUUUUUCUACCCCUCCUAUAUUUCCUACCUUUCCUACCUUUCGUUCAUUUGGUUUGCCAGGCGAUGGCAUGUUGUUUAAAGCGGCUCCUAUAAAACAGCGCCACGAAACGGCCGAGCAACGGCCGAGCAACUGUGAAUAUAUUUAUUUUACGCAUCGCCACGUGCCCAGCUGCGCCCAUGUGUCAUGUGCGCCUGACGGACGUGCGCGCACGCCAACCCCACGUACACCCCCUUUACGUACUCACGAGCAUAC